AUGGGCCAUGCCCAGGGCCUACGCAGCAUUAGCGGGCGAAGCCCCGCCCCCUCCAAGCCCCGCCCCGCGCAGGCCCCGCCCCGCCCGGCGCGCAGCGAGCGGACCCCGCGCAGCUCGGGGCGCUGCCCGUUGGCCGGGCCGGGCCCGCUGCGGCAGCGGAACCGCUUCGGCACCGCCGCCUGCCAGGCUGCGGCAGCGAGCCCGCACGGCUACCGGGACCGGUACCGCACCGCCGGCUGCGCGCGCCCCGCGCAGGGCGCAGCCGCCGCUUCCGCACCGCCCGGUUUUGUAACCGGGCUCCCGGGAGCGGGGGCGGCCCCGGGGCUGCGGUGGAGCCCGCCCGGCUCCAUGAGCACGAAGGCGGCCGCAGCCCGCGGGCCACCAUGUCCCACGAGAAGAGUUUCCUGGUGACGAGCGACGG